UCGCGUCCGCGCAAGCUAAUCGAAAAAGUCGCAAAUAAAAUUUCAAAGAAAAAGUGCAUUUUCCACUUUGAAUCAAUGCUAUUUCUCACAACGCGCGAGUGAAAAAGUUUUGUGAAGUGUUGAGAUCAUUUGCAAAAGGAUAAAUCACGUGUCAAUUUCUUCGAAAAGUGGCUGUUGAGGCGAAUUUCCGUCAAAAAAUGGCUUUGAUCCCGUGUUCCCUCCACAAGGUCGAUGUGGUUUUCGAUUGCGUCGAGGCGGAACUUGGCCGAGUGGAUACGGUAACUUCGACCACCGGAGGAGGCUCGAAAUCCGCAGCUAAGGUAAGUGUGCACUUAUUCGAUCAAGAAAUGAAAAGCCCAUUUUCAACCUGAAACUUUAAAAAUAGCAUCCAUUACGCCGAUUGCACCUCAUUUCCGUUUCAAAUAUUUAUCCAUGGAAACGGGGGCAACGGUUACUGCGGUAAAAAAAGGAUGUUUUGCGCGCCGAAACGGUGACAACCGUGACAACGACGGCGAGACCGGUUUAUUUAUGUUUUGAUUUUGUUUGAUUUGCAAAACAACAACAAACAAAAUUACGUCGUUUUGCACUUUUUGUUCAUAUUACAAAAAAAAAUGAGAUUUAUUUUAAGUAAGUGCCGGUUAACAGUGAAAUUGGUGUCAAGCUGUUGGUCAACCAGUGGACUUAGUGGUGUCCGGAAGUUGUGCUCCGUGGCAAAAUCACCCGAAAACAGCCGUAAACUUGAGGUUCCUUCCUAUUUAACGCUGCACGGUCAGUGGCCGCAGGAUGACCGCCAGCAGUUCCUCGCCGGAAUGACGGUGCUAGCGGACUUUAUCACGGAAGAGGAAGAGCAGACACUGUUGCAGGAAAUUGAACCCUACCUCAAGCGGAUGCGGUAUGAAUUUGACCACUGGGACGAUGCCAUCCAUGGGUACCGGGAGACGGAGCGGAAGCACUGGUAUCCGACCAAUCGAGCGAUUUUCGACCGAGUGAAAGAGUUGGCCUUCCGCGGAGAGACGCUGCCCUACAUUCAUGUGCUGGAUUUGGCCAAGGAGGGCGUCAUAAAGCCCCAUGUCGACAGUGUUCGGUACUGUGGGAACACCAUUGCGGGGAUUAGCCUUCUUUCGGACUCGGUCAUGCGACUUGUUCGAACGAACGAUGAGGAGCAAACUAAUGCGGAAUAUCGACAGAUAUUCGCUAGCAAUCGGGACGAUAAGUAUUGGUCGGACGUGCUGUUGGCCAGGCGGUCCCUGUACAUUAUGAAAGACGCAGCGCGGUACAAAUAUACCCACGAAAUAUUGGCGGGAGAAGAUUCGGUCUUUCAGGAUCGCAAGGUGGACAAAGAUCGACGGAUUUCCAUUAUCUGUCGGAACGAUCCCUAACCGUCGUCGUUAGGGAUUUUGGCUGUAAAUAAAGCUUAGCUAGCAUAAAAUCUUUGAUCA